CUGCGCCCAGGCCGUGGCCCUGGCCGAGGGGCUUCAGCUGGGGCAGGAGGAGGACGAGAAGCUCCAGGUCAUAGUGAGUGUGAAGGUUGAGGAGGAUUCCACGGACAAUAUCCAGCCUACUGAGGCAUUGCAGGAACCUGGUGGUUGCUGGCUGGAGCAGUCAGAGGCCCAUCCUGCAGGCAGGCCCCUGGAGGAGGCAGGACAGAGGGAAACCCCAGGGCCACAGGACAAGACACCUCAUGGCCCAAAAGAGGAACCCCUGCCCGACCAGAUGUCAGAUUCCCCUAAAACAGAGGAGACUUGGGACUCAUCAGCAGAUGAAAAGUCCUCAGACUGGUGCCCUGGAUGGAGUCCGUCCCCAGGAGCAGGGACCCUUAGUAGAGCUGAUGAGCAGCCUUCUGAGGAGGGGCCUGCAACCCUGGAGCUGCAGAGGACUUCCCCAGGGAGAAUGGGAGAGAGGGCCUCCCUGACACCUGAGCCGGGACAACUGGAGAAGCGAGAAGGCAUGCCUCCAAAGCAGGGGGGGAGCUUGGAGCUCUUGGAUGCCUUUGAGGAUGUGGUUCUUCAUUUCACACGGAAGGAGUGGGAGCUGCUGGAGGAUGAAGACAAGGUGCUUUACCGGGACCAGAUGCUGAGGAAUUACCAAGCCCUCAUUUCCCUGGGUUAUCGAGGUCCCACACCUGACUUAAUCCGCCGCAUCCAGCGGGGAGAGGUGGCGCUCUGGGUCUGUGAGGAUGAGGACCGUGGGGAAAUCUCAAGGUCGGAGGACCUUUUGCCAGGAGGUGCCUGGCUGCUGAGCAGAGCUGAGGAGCAGACUCCUGAGGAAGAGCCUGCAGACCUGGAGCCACCACAAGCUUCCACAGGGUGUUUGGGUGCGCUGGACUCACUGAGACCUGAGAAGGAGCCACGGCACAACAGUCAGGGGAGGCCCCAUAAGCACAAGGAAAAUGUAGCAGUGGAUCAGGUAGCAUCUCCAGUUGGGCAUGAGAGUGGAGAAGGGACCCAAGCCAGAAAGAGCCCUGGGUGCAGGGAAGAAUUUGUGGAGCUGAGAGACCUGAAGAACCACAAGGCAGAGUUCCACUGGAGAGAGAGACUGCAUCCAAACAACGCCAGUGGAGAUGGCCCGAGAGGGGAGCAGGAGCUCAUCACCAAGCCCAAGGGGAGAGCCCACCCCUGCCCUGAGCACAGGAAAAGCUUUAGCUGCCCCUCACUCCUGGCUCUGCACAAGAUCAAGCAUACUGGGGAGGAGACCUACAUAUGUUCCAAGUGCGGGAAGAGCUUCCCUUGCCUCUCAACCCUGGAUGCUCACUGCAAAAUCCAUUCUGGGGAGCUCCCCCACCACUUCACCAAAACUGGGAAGAACUUUGUGUGCCCCUCAGACCUGAUCAAAGACCAACACAUGCACAGAGAGAACCAUCAGUACUGCUGUGUUAUGUGUGCUAAGACCUUCACCCAUUUAUCCUCCCUGGCACAGCAUUGGAGCAUCCACUUGGGGAGGAAGAUGCAGCGCUGCACCAAGUGCAGGAAGAACUUCAUGUGUUGUCAAGGCCUGUCCCAGCACCAGUGUGUGCAGAGGAAGGAGCAGCCACACCACUGCACCAAGUGUGGGAAGAACUUUAGGCAGCCCUCCAGCCUGGCCAGGCACAUGCAAAUGCACACAAGGGAGAAGCUAUACCAGCACUCUGAGUAUGAUAAGAGCUUAACCCAAUCCUCUCACCUGGCCCAGCCCCAGAGCAUCCACAUGGGACAGGAGCCACAUCAGUACUUGGAGUGUGAGAAGGGCUUUGCCAAAUCCUCCCACCUGGUCCAGUACCAGUACAUCCACAUGGGGGAAAAGCCAUAUAAAUGUUCUGUGUGUGGGAAAAGUUUCACUCACUUCUCCAGCCUGUCCCGGCACCAGCGUGUCCACACAGGGGAGAAGCCCUAUCAGUGUUCGGUGUGUGAGAAGACCUUUACCCAGUCCUCCAGUCUGGCCGAGCACCAGCGCAUCCACACAGGGGAGAAGCCAUAUCAGUGCUCGGUGUGUGGGAAGAGCUUUGCCAAAUCCUCCAACCUGGCCCAGCACCAGCGUAUCCACACAGGGGAAAAGCCACAUCUGUGCUCUGUGUGUGGGAAGAGCUUUAGCCAGUUUGCCCACUUGGUCGAGCACCAGCGCAUCCACACAGGGGAGAAGCCACAUCAGUGCUCUGAGUGUGGGAAAAGCUUCACCCACUCCUCCAGCUUGAUCAAGCACCAGCGCAUCCACACGGGGCAGAAGCCGCAUCAGUGCUCUGUGUGUGGGAAGAGCUUUAUCCAGUCCUCCCACCUGAUCUGGCACCAACGCAUCCACAUAGGAGAGAAGCCACAUUAGUGCUCUGAGCGUGGGAAAUCCUUCACUUGCUCUUCCCACCUGGCCACAGCACCAGUUCAUCCACACAUGGGAGAGGCCACAUUGGUGCUUGGAGUGUGGGAAUGCCUUCUCCUAAUCUUACUACCUGGUCCAGCACCAGUGCAACCACACAGGGGCCAGCCCAAAAGCUGGGGGAAGAGGACUCACUCUUCCCAUCAGUCUUGGAGCCUGUGUAUUCCCCAUCAUUCUCUAAAUGUUUAAAAGCAGUCUGUGUUCCCAGGGGGAGAACAAGUACCUUCACAAUAGGAUGUCUUCCCCAAGACAAGUGGCUCCAAAUGACACCCUUAUCACCUCCCAGCUUAACCCCCCUUCCUGUUCCCAUGGUUCUGGUAAUGAGGCUCUUGAACUGUAGUGAAGAGGACAUUUAUAGCAGGAAAAGCAUUCCCUGCCCUCCACCCUUCCCUUGCCUUUCUUCCCCACCACAUUGGCCUUCUCCUUGGCCUGCUCAUGCCCAUUGGGUGUCUACAAGGAGGUCCUGCUGCCACCCUGGACCCAGUUUUGCAGGUUUUGCUUUGCAACCUCUCUCCAAAACUCUGUGCUGCUGGCUGCCUGCUCUCUCUCCCCUCCUUCCCUUCAUUUCAUUCUCUAUAAUACAUUUUUGACUAAAGCUCUAGAACUGAACAUGA